AUGCCUAUUCCUUCAUUUGGCCUUACGCUUAGGGCCCUUUCGGUGCCUUUGGUGAUACUUAAAAUUGCCAUUCAGUAUUAUACGGUUGGUACAGUAUACACAAGGACUGACGCUGAGUUUGAAGGCUCGCUUUUCAAGAACAUCGCUUUGGCUUCCAUAGUGCAUCUCUCUCCAGGAGUUACCUCUUCUGACGUGGACCUUUUACCGAAAUUGAGCCUGAUUAUUGAGAAGUUUAGAGGUCUGUCAGUGGCCAAGGACCUUCCUCAUUAUGGAGAACCAGUGACGGAAGACCAGGAUUUGACUUGGGUGGUUAGACCUAAGCAGGCCAAGAAGGUGCUUUUAUACCUCCAUGGCGGUGGUUACACGAUGCCAUUGGCUACACAACAAUUCAUAGGUAUCAUUGCAGUGUGGUACGCAGUUGAUGCUGAAAAGCGUGAAGACUUGGCUGUAGCCGUUUUGGACUACUCCCUUUCUUCAAGAAAGAAGUACUACCCUACACAGAUCUUCGAGGCAGUGGCAGCAUACAGAAAGUUAAGUGACUUGGGGUACGAAGUGAUUCCUUUUGGAGACUCGGCUGGCGGCAAUUUGGCCCUUGCAUUGGCACGGUUUACUGCAUACCCUGAAGAAGCCAAGGCCCAGUUUUCACCGUACACUGAGUUUGAAUGGAACUUUCUGGGUCUUACUCCACCUCGUUUGCUAGUGCUUAUAGCGCCCUGGGUGCAAGUAACCAAUGGCUCCCAAGUCUACCCUGGUGCUAACCAUAAAGGAGAUCUCAUCAGGCCUAAAUUAAACACAAAAGGAGACUUAUACAUCACUGGGCUGGAUAAGCAGAAAGUUGCGCCGUUUGUGGAUUUCAACGAAACGUCAUUCGAAGACCACUGGGCAGCUAUUCCAGCAUUCACCACCCCCGAAGCAGUGCUUUACAUAUACGGCGAAAGAGAACAUCUUCGUGGUAGUCAAGAGAAGUUUGCCGAGGCAAACGGCAAGAAGUUUAACACGCUAAUGCAUCCUGGCGGGAUCCACGAUGCCAUGUUUGCAGCCGAAGUGCUUGGAAUGAGUUUUGCCCAAGGCCAGAAAGACAUCUUGGCUGGGAAGCAACGCAAGAAGUUCAACUUUGGCGCAGUUGCACAGUUUUUAGACAAACACUUAUAG